AUGGGGUUUUUGUUGGUUUAUGAAUACUCGGUUCUGUGGGCAAAAUGUGUUGGAUGUAAAGCAAAAGGAAAGAAGACAAGUGCUAAGGAGAAAAUUGAAGUUGUAGACGAUGAUAACAAGACAAUAACAUUCAGCGUCUUUGAUGGAGAAAUUGGUGAGAGUUACAAGAGUUUAAGGGCCACACUGCAAACAAUCGAUAAGGAGAAUGGGGGGAUUGUGAAAUGGACCUACGAAUAUGAAAAACUCUCAGAGAAUGUUAGAGGUCCAUCUCCUGAAUCAAUCUUGGACUUUGCUGUUUUCGUCACUAAAGAUAUUGAUGAUCAUCUUGGCAAGGCAUAA